AUGAUGGUUCGGGUUGCGGUUCGGUCCGCCUCACAGGAAGCGAGAGAGCUGCUACUCAAGAAUGACCUUCGCAUCUCCGUCUACAGCUCCUGCCUGCGCUUCUGUGUUCUGGAUGAUGAGAGCUCUGAGCAGACCAUGGUGAACCGAUACCGGUCCUUGGGCAAAGCCUACAAACUGUCCCUAGCAGGCGAUGGCGCCAACAACAGCGGCGCCAUGGACCUGCUGCUCGGCCCGGGCACCUUCCAGUUUCGCCAAGCCGCUGCACAGGUCUCCAACGAGUACCAGAUACCCAUGCUUCUGUGGUCGCUGCCAGAAGAGCUGUCCAGCAUCGCUGGCGAAGAGCGCCAACCGCUGCAGUUUUUCCAGGAGCUGACGAACCGCAGCUCCUCUGCUGAUAGCACUGGAGCUGCUGAACAACAAGAUCUUGCGCGCUACUUCCAAGACUCCACCGGGUACACCUGCGCCAACAACUUCUCGGUCCCAUCAGGCUCCUACCUCCGCCAGGGGGCCGAGUUUCUGAACUGUGAGGGCCCCUGUCAGCCGGAGCGAGAUCUUGACUAUUGCUGCAAACCUGACGGCGGUCUGGCUGUGUCGGGCCGGUGGACUCCUUCCGAUGCGCUGCUGACGGGUGAUUGGGACGAUGCGUGCCUCCGUGGUGAGUCCAACGGCACGGUGGAACACUCUCUGGCUUUGAAUCUCUCUCUGGGCAGGUCUUCGCUCCCCGUAAGCAUCUGGUUAGCCGUGGACGAUGAGUUUCGCGAGCCUGAGUUCAUCGUACAAGGACGUAGCAUCUCGCCAAAUUCAUUGAACACUGAUGUGCUCUCAGAUGGAGCAGUGGUUACUUUCGAUCUUCCAUUUCUUGCGGCGGCCCAGUGGUAUAUUUGCGCCCGCCAGAACUGCUCUGCUUUUACGUGUCCCUCAUCGUACAGCAGGCGGACAGGCGACGCCCACUGCACCACGCCGUCUUGCGACGAUUCUUCGCCAUUGGAUAUUGCGGCUUGCUGCGUGCAACAAGCAACUGCGCCAGUGGGCUUCUUGAGUCGGUCGGAGUUCAUCGGCGUCUUUGACCUGCUGCCCCCGGUGGAAGUUUGGGCCAUGGACUUGCUGCACCAGCUCAAGGAGGACGAGGGCAACAAGCUCCUGUGCAUCGCGGAGGCGGAUGCUUCGAGAUUCUUCACGGACCUCUGUAUAUCGUACAUGCAUUACGCGAUGACGGUUCUCCGCUACGAGACGACCACGCAGCCGGUCAUCGUAGCGGAGACGGAUCUGGGAAUGGCCUUGACGCGACUCGCUGCUUUUGGCGCUGCACAGAGUCCGUCUGUCGUCCUGGUAUGCAGCACGCUCUCUUUCUAUGUGAGCAGCUUCUUCUUCAUGCAAGCGAAGCAAAUGAGACUCCGCUCCGUGAUUUCCUGGGCGACGUACGAUUCGCGGUUGAUUGAAGCAACCGGCACAGGAGGCAGCGCCUUGAAGUAUGCAUUCCUGGAACCUCGGCCCUGGCCAACCACGAGCGAGCUGAUCAAGAUGGGCGUUCCCGCGGCCAACGCAUUCCGCGUCCUCGCCAGCUGGCAGGAGGACUACCAGACGCUACGCAACAAGGAGCUGACGCAGCAUGGCAGUUUCUCGCCCCACCUGCUGUUCCUGAUGUCGGCCUGGCAGGUCCUCGAUUUCGUUGGUCUGGACUUUGUGUCGACUCGGCUGCAGAGCUUCGAUCAAGCGGACUUCGGGCGCUACACCAAGCGCUUGUUGCUUGAGGGCCUCCAGUUUCGAACCUUCUUAUCGCCUGUCACGAAGUUCGAUCAACGCGGCGAGCGCACACUUGUGCAGAGGCGUGAUUUGGCGACGCAACAGUUCAUCCCUGAUCCGAAUACCAUGACAGUCGGUCUCAGCCCAGCCGAGUCUUGGCAGGCAGCUAUGGCGCGGUACACCUUCAGUGUGGUACGUUCCGCUGAUCCAUCGCAACCAAUCCUUCCCGUCAGCUCGGAAGCUACGGCAGAAACGCAAAUAUACCCGUGUCCGAGUGGCUGUGUUGAAGCGGGCUCGGCAUGUGAGCCCUGCCCGCCGGGAUCCUUUCGUGCUCGUACCGGGAGCAGCUGCCAGCAGUGUGCCGAGCACAAAUACCAGGACCGCUGGGCGGCCGACAGAUGCUUCGAGUGCCCGGAGGGGAGCACCUGCAAUGCGUCAUUGCCGCCAAGGGCGAACUAUGGCUGGUUUGUGCAUAAGGUGGAGGGGCUUGACGCGACCCACGAAGUCUUCAGCUCCCAGCUCGCGUGCUCGAUCCGGCCUGGCGGCGGACUUCAGAUCGCGUCUUUUUCCGAUUUGACCAGCUGGGACGCAAGCAAGUCACAGAUAACGUGGACCAUUGGCCGGUGCAAUCCUCCAGAAAUCUGCCUUGGGGACAACGUCUGCCUGGAGGGCCAUGAAGGCACCCUCUGCAAAUCGUGCAAGCCGAGAUACUCUCGCUACGUGCAUUUUACGCAGAUUUGCGAGGCUUGCCCCAACGUGCUGCAGCAGCUCGCAGUUUGUGUCGGCAUCGCUACUUUGCAGCUCUUCAUGGCUGCAUGGUUGUCCCGCUCCACCCUCGAUUCCGCGGAGGAGUCCAGCUGCUUGGAGGCGCCUUUGGUGCUUACGCUAUUGCAGAGUUUGCAGAUCCAUGCGCUGCUCUCCCGGACGGUGAUCAAGGAUUUCAACUUACCUUUGACCUCCAUGGUUCCGGUCGCGGACGUCCUGAUGACGCCUUUCCUGCUCCCGAUCACAAGCUGUUUCAUUGAAGCCGAGAGUGUCGACAAUGUUCAGCUGCACAUCCUGUCGAUUGCGAUCUCGGCAUUGCUUGGAUACUUCCUCGUUGGACUGCUGUUCCUGGUCCGGAUGCACAAGCCCACGGCGGUGAACGAUGUACUGCGGCAUAUCGUGGCCUUGAAUGAGGUCACGCUGCCCUACUGCAUCUAUUGGGCCACCAGCUAUACCACCUUCUGCUCUGUACAGGAGGUUGUGGACUCUGGUCCUUUGGCUUGUUUUCGUCUCUCCAUGGCCUCCUAUUCCUUGAUGGCGAUGGCCUGCACUGCCAGGAUCUUGGAGGUCUAUGCCGUGUACCGAUCACGACAUGACCUCAACAGGAUCCAAGUUCGGCAGCGCUUGGGUUUGAUCUUCAGCGCGCUUCAGCCGCACUAUUACCUGUGGUUUGCCAUGGAAGGGUCGGCACUCUUCGUUCUAGCUGGCGCCAUGGCUACUUUGGACACCACCUCCGGUGUGAUACUGAUCUUUGUCUUUCAAUUCACGCUGCGGGUGUUCAUCCACUUUAACACGCCUUUCUGGACCGUCAACCGGCAGGCUCUGAGGAGGGUGAAGCGUCGCAUCUCAGCACUUUUCGCCUUCGCGGCUGCUGCUUGCGCUUUGGGCUUCAUCUUCGAGAGCUGGGUUGAGACCCUCUUGCAGGCUGUCCAGCUGGGCAUGGUGGUGCUGGAUGCGUCCUACACGCGCCUCGCACUGGAAGAGUUCCACGUCUUGGAGGUCUUGCUGGAUGUGAUGAUGUUCGUCAUAUUGAUCUUUGUCGUCGUACUGUGCCUCUGGAAGAUCAUCUACAACAAAUUCGCUUUCACCUGGGCCAUCAUGGAACUGACCGGCUCUCCGAUGGGUGCGGGGAAGAGGAAGAUCAUUCACAUGGCUCGAAUGCUGUUCCGCCAACGCAGCAUCCAGGUGUCCAUCAAAGAAGAGUCCACCACCAGGAGGACGCAUACAGAGGCGGUGCUUCGAAUGGAUACGAAAGCAGCAACGAAGACGCAGCGAGAUGACCUGCUGGUCAGCAUGCGCAUGGCGUUGCUUUACCGGCUUUCAGAAGAUGCACCUUUUCGCUUCACCGAUGUCAGGCAACUCCUCAUGUUGGCGACGAAAGGAAUCCUGCGAACGCACCGAAGUGUUUGGCAGAAGCACUUCAUCGACAUCGAGGCGAAAUUGCUCGGCGGGCACAGUGAUCCAACCAAGGGCUACGGCGCCAAGAUCCUAGGUGAUGUAAGCACGGGCGUCGGAGUCGGCGCCAAGAUCCUAGGUGAUGCAACCACGGGCGUCGGCGCCAAGAUCCUAGGCCUGGCAGACGAUCUUGACAAGCUUGACAAUCGCCAAUUGUGCAACCUCAUGUUCCGAAGGAACGGCGAAGAGCACAGUGAGCAGAAGAUCUUUCCGGAGGAGAUCAAUGCUGCAGUGCAGGACAUGUGCGUCACAGCUGGGAGACCAAAACGACAGCGGAAGCCCCUGCUUCGGAUGCCGAAGGUCCAUCUGCCGAAGUGGCCAAAGGCCCGGCACGAGCACCACGAGGAGGAAGAGGAUGAGGAAGAGACGCCCACGGAGCGCGAGGACCACGCAGUGCGGCGCCAGGUGCUCCGGCGACCAGAGAAAGUUGUGGCACCCGAGGCGGUGAAGGAGAAGGCCGUGGCCAGCAAAGUCGAGCAGUUGUCGCUGAGCGACAGUUUCUUGGAAUGUCGUCAUGCACUCGAAAAAGCAGCACGAGCGGCAGAGCUACUUGAGAAAGACGGGAUCAUCCUCGAACCCUUGGCAUCCACCUCCUUCACCGGAAUGCGCCUGGAUGCGUGGGAGGAGAAGGCAGCGUUAGCCACGUCUGUCGCUUCCAAGCUUUACGAGACAUUCCACAAGCCGAACCCUCCGGCGUCUGCACUGUCGACAAUGGAGCAACUGGUUCCGAAGCAGGUCAAGCAGCUGCGAUUGAUGCGGAAUGGCACGAACCCCGAGGAGCUGGUCAGCCCCAUGUCGAGCAAGCUUUCUGAGGUGGACGCAGACCACCACACCGUGCUCUUGGGCAACAUUCUCACCUCAAAGGUGCCCCAAGAGGAAGAGGUGGAAGAGGCUGAAGCACUGGUCACAGCGGAGAUCAUGGAGCACAACAAUCGCGGAUCGCAGCGUGGGUCUCGCGGAUCUCGCGGAUCGCAGCGAAGCAGUUCGUCCGGUGGACCGGAGGGGAACAGUUUCGAGGAGGUCUACUCGCAGGCGCGGCAAACCUUGAUGUGCCGGCCGCCACCAAAAAUGGAGUUGCUGCGCUUGCAGCAGCAGGGUGGCAUUGGGCGCUCGACUGCCCAGCUCCACCGCACCGUGCAGCAGGCUGCUGUUGCCAGCCCGUGA